AUGCGUUCAAUUACUAAUGUCUAUAUUAUUAGCUUAUGUUUAGCUGAUUUUAUUUAUUUAACUAAUUUAACUCUAGUUGCUAUCGUACAGCUUAAUAAUAAAUCAUGGAUUUUUGGACAAUUAAUGUGUACUCUUUAUCAUGGUACUGAAACAACAGGUAAAUAUGCAAGUGUCAUAUUUGUGGUAUUAUUAGCCGCCGAUCGUUACUGCGCAAUGUGUUGUCCGAUGCUAUGUGCGCGUUAUCGUAAUUAUUGCAUCGCGGUGUCAACAAGUGUUAUCGCUUGGAUUGUCGCCUUUUCUGCUGCUCUUCCACUUUAUUUAUAUUCUGAAGUAAUCGAACUACAAACAUAUCGUACGGAAGAAUUAAAUAGAUCUGUAUGCAUUGCUAAAUGGCCAAGUUUAACAAGUGCUCGAUGGUAUAUUACAUUUUCAUCAAUUUUAAUCUAUGCUGCACCUUUAGCACUAAUGACUUAUUUUAAUUAUAAUGUUUUGAAAAAGCUCCGAAAAGCUCUUCGUAACAGUAAACGAAUGAAGCUUACGUCAAAAUCACGUGCUCCUUAUCAUCGUGUAACACGUCUGGUGCUAUGCGUUGUUAUAUUUCAUGCUGUAUGCUGGUCUCCAUUUUGGUUAUUUAAUUUGCUCAGUUCCGUAUUUCAAUUCCGGAUACAUACACGGUUCAAUCGUCUUAUUGUUAAUGUCAUCCAUCUCUUUCCGUAUAUCAAUUGUGCUCUAAAUCCAUUAUUAUAUGCAGCAAAUGCCGAAAAUUUUCGUCGAGCAUUCCGAUCUCUAUUUUCCCUUAAUUUCACUAACAGAAAAUCGUUAUCAACAACAAGUCGUAAAGUUUCUCAAACAAUUGUUGUCGAAAGUUUUUUUACGCAAAUAUUAGAUCCAUAUAUGGUAUCAUUACCAUUUCUACAACAUUUUACUGCAAGAAAACGACGAUUUGCUUGGUGUAACGAACGUAACCAUAGUAUCAUAACUCGGCCAGCGAUAACAUCCACUGAUAAGAAUGAUAAAAUUGUCAUUGAACUGAAUAAAUCUUGUCAUACACCAAAAUUGGUAAAUUGA